AUAAUCUGUUAAUCAGCUAUAUAUUAUUGCUGUUUCUUAUACAAAUAUGUAUUUUCAUGUCUAUAAAUAAAAACUAAAUCUAUAUUAUAUAAUUUUUCCAUAAGAAAUACCAAUUUCUCGAGGUCUGAAAAGUUUCUCACAAAAAACUAAAAACCUUUCGAAGUUGACUAACUGCUGUGUACUCGGAGAAUUUAAACAAUCUAUAGAAAAAGAAAGUCUUCCAAAUAUUUGUAUGGAUGCAUACUGACACAUACACAAAAAGACAAUUUUAAGAUGAUUUGAAAGUAAUUUACAAACUUUUUGUAUACGAAACAGAUGAAAAAAUACACUUAACAAAACUCAUACGAUGUAUUAAUUACCUUACUCACCACAUGAUAACUACCUUGGUUAAGUUUGCAAUACCAAAAUGUAGGUUUAUGUAAUCAAUUAUCUCUUAGAACCCAUAAACACCAAAUAAACACGCACUCAGGCAACACACAUCAAUAUAACGGUUAAAUGUUGAGCGGCUAAACAAUUUAAAGUGAUUAAUAUGCUUGAGAAGUAAUUACCUCCAUUCACAAAAGUGGAUAUAUAUGUAUAUGUAUGUAAGUGGUCUUAUGUAUACUUCUACUUUGUAGAUUCUUCAAAUCUUUCUUACAAAUGUUUUUCUUUAAUGACAUUGACUGCAUAUUUUCAAGCCUUUUUAAAGCAAAGCAGAUCAACACAAAUGGAAAGCUUCAAGCUCAAUUAUGGAGAUUGUACAACUGAAGAGGCCUCCAAAAAAUACAAAAACACAGUACGCAACCAAUUGUAAAUAUGUGUAUGUAUGUACAUACAGUAUACAUGCAUUUCCUCUUACUUCCGCACCUCCAGCGGCACCAAUGGUGGCGCCCAAGUCUGACGACCAGCCGGCCGGCUUCGUCAUCCAACUCAUUGGGCCACUGAUAUAUUAUAUAUACAAACAUACUCGUAUAUAUGUACUUAUAGAUAUAUGUAUAUAUAUAUAUAUGUGUGUGUAUAUGCACUGAUGAGCGUGUCGAGUGUGUAUUCUAGUCAUGCAUUCGGUGCGAUGGUCGUUUCUCGUUGUUUGUCAUUUCCAUUGGUAUUUCGGUGUUGUCAGUACUAAAUCAACUAGCACGGUAGUAGCAACAGCAACAGCACCUAGAAUAACAACAGAUAACGCAAGCGUAGCAGCCGGAAAGGCACCAAUUAACCAACCAACCAAAUAAUCAACUGUUCAACCAACCAUAUAUUUAAUAAUAACAAUAAAACAAUUAUAGUGUCACUGGUGUUAUUUAAAUGAAAAAGUUGCUAAAACAUUUUCAGAGUGUGCGGAGCGAUUGCAAUACUACAAAUAAUUAAAUUUCAAAAAAAUAAAAAUAAAAAUAAUAAAUUAAAGAGUUCCAAACAAGCUCUGUGGCGUUCAGUGGAAACGUAUUCGCCAAAAUUGUGACGAAAUAGUAAUUGUGAUAUCGAAUAAAGAGUCAAUAAGAAAUAAGCGCAAAAAUGCAUCAAUUCAAAUUAACCGAAAUGAAAACGAAUCUGCUGUACGCGCCCGAGUCAUAUGCGCUGGCGCAUGCCGUCUCCGCCGAUCUGAAUACGAUGAAGGGCACGCUCGCCUGGCAAUUUGCCGUCAUUUUCGGUAACUUCGAAGAGCUCAGCAAGCAGCCGAUAACCGUGGGCAAUGUCGCCGUUAUGGAGCACCAAUCGCGUUUCAUAUACUUUCUGGUGACGAAGGAAAAUGUCUACGAGACUACAACGUACAACACAUUGCAUGCGGCGUUGAUUUGCAUGCGCGAACAUAUGCGCAUACACGAGAUCACAAAAAUCGCCAUGCCGCGCAUUUGCUGUGGCACCGACGGUUUGGAGUGGCAGCGUGUCAAACAGUUAAUACGCACAGUAUUCGCCAGAGAGACGAAUGUGGAAAUACUGAUCUGCAGCUACAAUCAAACGGUGACAAUACCGCCAAAAUGUCAAAUUGUCGAAGUGAAAGGCAAUAUAUUCAGCGCGCCGCAGGACUUCUCGCUGGUGCACUCGACAAGCGCCGAUUUCGCUAUGUCCAGCGGCAUAGGCUUACACUUCAAAUGCAAAUUUGGACAGAUCAAUGAGUUACAAAAACAAAAUAAACAUGUUGGCAAUGUGGCGGUGUUGAAGGAUAACAAUCGCUAUAUCUACAAUUUAAUAACCAAGGAGCGUAGUCAUGAGAAGUGCACCUACCCGGCGCUUUACUACGCGCUAAUGGCAAUGCGCGAGCAUGUGGAGCAAAACAAUGUGACCAAGCUGGCCAUACACAGAUUCGGUGGCGACAUCGAUCGCCUGAGUUGGCUGCGCGUUAAGAAUAUUGUGGAAUUUGUGUUUUGUAACAAUGCCGUAGAAAUCAUAGCAUAUGUCUUUGAUCCACCAGAGGUAGUGCGUAGACGCUCACGUGAUUCACGCUCACGCUCGCGCACUUUGGAGUCCAUGGUUAAUCGCAUGUCGCUUUCACGAGACUUCCCUUGAAUGAAGUUGGAGAGUUAAAGCAGGCGAAUAUUUUAAGUUAAAAUGUGAAAUUUUUUUACAACCACACACACACACACACAGUUAAUUUAUUAAUAUAUUACUCGUACUCAUACACCACAUAUUUAUAACCUUAAUUUUAAGUUAAUUAUUUACACUGAAAGCGGUGUUCCAGAAAGACAAAUUUUGUAACUGUUUUUUUUUUUUGUUUUGUUGGAAGAAAAAUAUCGUUGCAGCAGAGUAAAGUUUAAUCUGUGUAUUUGUGUUGAAAAGAAAUUAUAAUAAAGGAAAUUUUGUUAUUUAUGUUGGCAUUAAAAUAUCAUUCAGAGUGUGAUUAAGCAAUAAAUAUUCAUAAAAAAAAUGUAUAUUUUUAAGCAAGAAGUGCAUUCAUUACACAUUUAUUUUCAUAUUUUCUAAAUUAAGACUUAUAUUAAAAAAAAAAUAUUUAAAAAUCUUGAAAUUUUACUUAAAGUUUUUUUUAAUAAUUUUUAAAAUUUUUAACAUAUUAUUUAAAUUUUUUUUUUUGUCUUUUUAAGAACUUUAAACCAAAUUUAUAUUAUUUUUACAACAGUUAAACAGUAUAAAAACUGAACAUAACCUCUCAACAAUCGAAAUUUUUACGCAAAGCGAUUAUUUUUAGUUUUUAAAUAUACAAAAUGUCUUUCAAUUGAGAAAACAUGAUUAUCUCAAAUUAUGACAAUAAAAUUUACACAAUUCCAAAUAUAAACAAACGACGUCACAUACACACACGAAAUCUAAUUUUUAACAAAAAAGUGUAAUAUAACAUUUUUGCUAACUACACUGUUGUUCAAAAAAAUAAAUAAAAUUCUUCGAUAACUAAAAGCAUUCCAAGAAAAAGUUUUUUUUCUAUUAUAAUUAAUUUGCGUUUAACACAAAAUCUGCAAACUUUUAUGUAACUCAUUAUCUCGUUAACACAAA